CUCAUACAAGUCACCAGCAAAGUGCAAAGGAGAGAAACCGAAAGGAAAGAAUCAAUGACGGCCACAUCCAAGCCCGUUACUGCCUCCGGCACGGCCCAAGACCAAGCCCAAGAGGCCGCGUCGGCGUCGUCGUCCGCGCCAAUCUCCGACCUCCCGCAGCCGACUCGCUUCAUCACGACCCACAACGAGGCCGGGCAGGCCGUGGUGCACUCGGAGACGAAAUUUUCGUGGGCGCCGUACGACGAGGGGAACCUGGCGUUCGCCGUGCCGUACACGACGUCGGCCUUCCCGCCGGAACUGAACGGGGAGGCGGACGUGGCGGAGCACGAGCGGGUGGUGGCGUCGGGGACGCUGGGGCUGGUGCGCCCGGGCGGCACGGUGCUGCGGUUCGUGGACUUCGCGCCGGGCUACGCCUGCGGCAUGCACCGCACGCUCAGCCUCGACUACGGCGUCGUGCUCGAGGGCGAGGUCGACAUGGUGCUCGACAGCGGCGACCGCCGCACCCUCCGCCGCGGCGACGUGGCCGUGCAGCGCGCCACCCAACACCAGUGGGUCAACCGCAGCCAGACCCAGUGGGCGCGCAUGCUGUUCGUCCUGCAGCACUGCAAGCCGCUCGUUGUCGCAGGCCAGGAUGUGGGCGAGGACCUGCCGCCCGAAAGCGGCUUGCCGCCUAGCGGGAACACGGGGGAGUGAAAAGUGGAGGAGGGGGGAGCGGAAGAGAGAUGUAAGGUGUGAGGGAGAAAGGGGAUGGAGAGCGGGAGUAUGAGUGCUGACGUGGGCCGACAAGAAAGUGCAUGCGAAGGUCAUGAAGGGGGAUCCUAUGAUCACAAACAGAGAACGCCCCUGAGCUCCCCGAUGGAUGUGUAAGCAGCAGUUACACGAUGAUAGAAUCGAACCAUCAAAACACCCUGACUCUCGUUAUGAAUAUUAUACCUACUGGCUAAAGUCAUGAUACAUAUCC